AUGGUAAACAGCGUCGUAGGUGGCCAGAUUUUGUCUGGGGUCUCUGGUGAUCAUCUUUCCGUGAUAGUGGGCAUUAUCAUUGUUGCCGUUACCAGCUGGGCUAUGGCCCUCUUUGGCAUGAAAAUCUUUCAACUAUAUGAACGAGUUGCCUGGUUGCCACAGCUGCUGGUGAUAUGCGUGAUGGUGGGUUCAGCAGGGCCUAAUUUCGACUUCAACAUUCAGACCCCAAUGUCUACAGAACAAUUGAUUGCCAAAAGACUAACGUUCUUCUCCCUGGCAUUGUCCAUUGGCCUCGCCUGGGCCCCGCUUGCCGCUGAUUACUAUGUCUAUCUCCCACCGCAAAUGAAGAGCUCUCGGACAUUCCUGGUCACAGUCUUCGCCGCCACUACUGCCAUGGCAAUUGUUCUCCUUGUGGGCAUUGGUCUUGGAACCGUCAUUGCCAGCUCCGCACAUUCUGCGUCCAAGUACGGCAGCAGUCCUGGAGGCGUGCUGAUGACAGCAUAUGACGGCCUUGGAGGGUUCGGAAAAUUCUGUGCUGUUAUCAAUGUCCUCGCCUUGGUUGCCAAUAAUACUCCCGGGGCGUACUCAAUGGGAAUGAAUUUACAGAUGGUUGGCGGGGUUUUUGGAAAGGUUCCCCGGUCAGUGUUCACGACUCUCGCUACUGUUAUCUACGCCGCAUGCGCGAUGGGAGGCCGGGACCGGCUUUACGAAAUCUUCAAGUCUUUCCUGCCUCUGAUCGGAUAUUGGGUCAUGAUGUUUGUCGUAAUUAUCUUCGAAGAAGACAUGGUCUUCCGCCGAAAAAGAGGCUAUGACUGGUCUCAGUGGAAUUGUCGCGAUAAACUGCCUUGGGGGAUUGCAGCGGGAGUUUCUUUCCUGAUUGGGUGGGCUGGAGCAAUUGUCGGCAUGUCUCAAGCGUACUACAUCGGCCCCAUUGCGCAGAUGGCUGCCGAAGCCGAUCUGGGUCUCUGGUUGGGUGCAGGCUUCACUGCGAUGGUUUUCCCACCGUUACGGGCAUUGGAGCUAAAAUUCAUUGGUCGCUAG